CACAACAACAGAUUGUUAUACAUGUGAGAGGUGACAGGCUCGUGUGAUCGCCGAUGGUUUAAUUCCAGUGGAUUUCGCUUUUAUUAUCAUGUGAUGUAUUGUUUGACUCAGUAGAUCGAUCUAUAUCACGUAUGAUACUUGUGUUGUGUCCCGAUUAGACCAACACGACAGGACUCGGGUCCAGGUCUGAUUCCUCGCCCUGCUGCCUCUCCACAAAAGCAGCUUUGCUCACCAGUCGACUGAACCAGUUGCCCCCGUUGACUGACAGCAGAGAGCCUCUGACUUCCCCGGGACCAAUCAGCGGCGGCGGUGGGCGGGGACUGGGCAAAACCAGCUCUACCAAAUUCCCAGUCGCUGUCCCUUGCAGUUACUUCCCUAGCAGGUUUCGGAGCAGCACUGGGGCAUCCCUACGCGGUCCGCGGGGUUCGGGACGGAUCUGCAGCAUUCAGCCGCAGCACUUGUUGGGGACCUCUAGUAUGAGAACUUCCAUUCCAGCUCCUUUGAUUUCCUUCAUUCUCAUAUGUAAUCAUUUUAUUCAUUUUGACCAUCCGACCUCAUUGUUUCGUCCGUCUCAUUGUCCUGCUGUCACCCACAGUUUGUUGCUCUUCACCACGGUCUGAAAGGGGAAUACCUCACCGCUCCACCAGCAGCCAUCACUGUCCUCCUCCUCCACCUCCUCCUCCUCCUCACUGCUCCUGCUCUGGAUGUUGCCGUGCGUUGCUGGACUAUAACGCAGGGGGAUUUAUUGUGCAGCCCGGCGCACAGCGGACACCGCCCGCCAGUUGUUUGUUUCUGAGGGAUGUAUGCGCGCGGGGUGACUGCGCUCUGACCGGGGAGCUCCGCCGCCGCUGUCCGCUGAAUGAACUGCUGCCGCGCGCCUUCCUGGAGCAGGUCUCUCAUCUGGAGAUGCUCUCGUACGUCUGACUGGGGUUUGUGGUCCGUUCGCAUCCCCACUGGAUCCGGAUAUACGCUGAAGAAAUUGCCGCGGUCAGCCUUUUCGGGAGUGCUUGUCCUCUGAUUUUUUUUUCUGGACAUAUUUGGUUAUUUUGAGGAGGAUUGUGCACGAACCGGAGGCGCGCAGGCUAACCAUGGGGGACUCGAUGUGGAGAUAUUAUUUCGGAGUUUUAAUUAUUGCCUUCGAAGUGGACUUGUGCAGGGCGCUCAUCCUGGAGUCCAUCUACUGGAACACAACAAAUACCAAAUUUGUGCCCGGCCAAGGCGUGGUGCUGUACCCCCAGAUCGGGGACAAGCUGGACAUCGUGUGCCCGCGCGUGGACAGCGGGAUGGGCGACGUCAUCGAGUACUACAAGGUGUACAUGGUGCCCCGCGAGCAGCUGGAGAGCUGCACCAUCACCAAGGCCGACACGCCGCUCCUCAACUGCGUGAAGCCCGACCAGGACGUCAAGUUCACCCUCAAGUUCCAGGAGUUCAGCCCAACUGCUUGGGGCCUUAAGUUCGUGUAUCAGCCAACUCGGUGGUUCAGCUCCUUCCACCUGGGUGUGGUGAUGGCUGCUCCGGGCGACAUAGUGAGCUCCGUCCUGGAGGAAGUCGUGAGGGGGUUCAGCGACGGCCCCCUGCUCUUCUCAUCUCCGGCCAUCGAGGUGUUCAUCAGCUCCCUCCUCUUCAUUUCACGGCCCCUUCUGGAACAGCGCCCCGCUUUGCGAUAUGACUCCGAGGAAGGCGCUCAGCGUCUCUGUGGCUGUUUUCCUGAGAUCGGCUUAAGGCACAUACGGCAACACAAUUUCCCCAACACAUCUUGUGUGUCGCAGGUGCUCGCAGCAAAGCUAAUCCUAACCGUGUCCCUCUCUCUCCCGGCUGCAGCUACAUCUAACGCCACCAUGGAGGGCAUCGACAACCAGGAGGGGGGCGUGUGCAGGACCAGGUCCAUGAAGAUAAUCAUGAAAGUGGGGCAAAGUGAAGAAAGCGGGGACAACGACAACAACGGGAAGUCCUCCAGCAUCAUCGGCUCCGAGGUGGCCAUCUUCGUGGGCAUCGCUUCGGGCAGCGUCAUCUUCAUCAUCAUCAUCAUCAUGCUGGUCCUGCUGCUGCUCAAGUACCGCCGGCGGCACCGCAAGCACUCGCCGCAGCACGCGGCGACGCUGUCUCUGAGCACGCUGGCCACGCCCAAGCGGAGCGGAGGAGGCGGGAACAAUAAUGGCUCGGAGCCCAGCGACAUCAUCAUCCCGCUCAGGACUGCUGACAGCGUCUUCUGCCCACACUACGAGAAAGUCAGCGGCGACUACGGCCACCCGGUCUACAUCGUUCAGGAGAUGCCGCCUCAGAGCCCGGCCAACAUUUAUUACAAGGUCUGAGCUGGAACUUUUCAAAGCAAAAGGCCAACUGGAACAAUCCCGGGCAGAGCGAGUUUUUAGUUUCGGCUGGCGCCGAUGGCACACCCGCUAUCACUCUCGCUCUCUCUCUCUUUGUCGGCUCCGCCUCCUCGUCCCUGAUGUUCUGUCACUACUUUUUUUCCUUUCUCAAAGCUUUGCUGAUACCUUGUCCCUCUGGUUUGGUCCCAGUCGGUGUGGACGGGAUGUCGGAGGGCCGGAGGCUACCGCCGCUCUCUGGAAAUAGACCAUCCCCUCUUCCCCCGAAGGGGCUCCCCGUUUGGUUUUUGAGGGAACUGAGUGUUGUGGGACCAGAGAGGCAGGCGGAUGCACAGCGUGCUGGGUUUUCGUUGUCUCGGAUGGGACGGACGGAGGGAUGUAUGAACGUGAAGGAAUGUGUGGCUUCACCAGAAGAGAGACUACUGCUUGGAAAAAGAGAGGGAAAGAGACAAAGAACGAGGGAGGAGGAGAUGUAAAGGAGAAUAUGGGCUGACCGUGAACUCACAAAAUGGCUGCCCUCCCUUGAUGCCCACUAGCCAGAGAGACUCUGUGGAUCCACCAGUCGGACGAGGAGGGCGGAGCGAGAUCCCGUCCUCUCUGGGACGUUCCUGACUCCCGGAGAUCACCAUUCACCCUGCCACCACGCUCACCUCACACACACACACACACACACACACACACGGCCUCACCAGUCAAUAACAACUGUUUGGGUUGAAGUGUGGACUGCACCAUUCCUCCCAGAUGUGUUUUCAGCAAACCACUUCUCUCAGAGGAUCUUUGAAGGUCUUCAGGAAGGCGAGUAGUGUCUCUGCUGUCGACUCCGAUCUGGUGCUCAUAUCCCGAUGCAGUUCAAAUCGAGGUUUUCUUUUCCUUCAGUGACAAGAUGAGUUCCAGUUUGUGACGUUCAAACACAAGUUACCCAACCGCGGCUCGGAGUAGCGAGAGCGUGAGCAAGGAUUGGAGCCCUCUCGCCAACCAAUAGGGUGUCAGGUGUGCCCCAGGGGCUCCUGGGAAGAGUGGAGGACGUUCAUAAACAUAGAGCAGCACUUUUAACCCCUUACUGGUGCCUCCACUCUUCACAGCAGUCGGAGAGAGACACAGUGAGAGCUCGAGACGGGAGAGCAGCCGCAUCCCUUCAGAUGGAGUCGUGAGGCCUCAACUCCUCCACACCUGGGCUUUUCACACGGAAGUGUUCCGGGCAAUAAGAAAUCCAAUUCGCCUUUCUGCCAUGUUUCGCAUCAGGGGAAGAAGAGGCCCGAGAUCUAGCUGAGACGGCUCUAGGUACUGUAACGUUUACCCCGGGGUCCAAUGAUGAUUAAGGGGGCCCUCAGGGGCCGGUGCUCUCCUAUUCUUGUUUAGAAAAAGCACAGGGACAUCUUCUGACAUUGUCACUGUUUCCUAAUCUCCAUUAGCAUUUCCAUAUUAUGAGUAUUUGAUUUACUUCUCUCUCUUUAAAUUUUUUUUUUUUACAUAAUAGAUGUACAUUCAAAUAAAAAGGACAUUACAAAGAUGAAAAAUGAAAUAAAAAGUGGAAUCUAUUUAUGAUAAACACAUAGAGCACAGGUGUUGUCAGGCCGUAUGGAGGGGAAGAAGAAGAAGAAGUAAUGUUAAUAUAUUAUGGUAGAAGUGCACAUUAUGCAAUUUAGGUUUUGGAUUAUUUUAUAUCUCCCAUAUGUCAUGAGCUCACAAGGGCCUGGGAAAGAGGACCAGGGGAGGCGGCCCGGGCCCGGCCCCGAGGGGACCCGUCUGUCCCAGAAUAGCUCACAUCGGUGUACACAAGGCAGAGUAGCUCCCACACUCACUCAGUGUAGCAUCUCCCAAAGGAUCAUUCUCAUGAACUCCCAGUGCCCGCCUCUCCUCAUACACACCUUUCAUGUUCUCUUGUGCAUGUGUGUACGUGUGUGUGUUUGUGUGUGUGUGCGCACGUGUUGAGCAAGUCUAUAUUUCAGUGACUUCAAAUCCAUUAAUAUCUUUGGCUUAGGAUCAUCAUCAUGACGUAAGCUGUCCCUAGAGUACGUGUCAGCCCAUCAUCAUCAUUCGUUCAUGAAGAACAUCAAAAUGUCACCGAAAAGCCAAGCCUUGUAUGAUCUGAGGUUUGUGCCUCUAAGAGGCUACAAAUUCUGCAAAUAUGCAAUUCUUAUUUAUUUUUUUAAUCGAUUCUGAGAAAAAGAAAACAAACACCUAUGGAAAGUGUUCUUAACCACUGAAAGAUAUAACAACAAACAAAUGACACAAAACUAGCAACGUACGUCAUACAAGCCUGCUGUUAGUUUUUCUCUCCUGCAUUAUUUCUAGUAUUAUUUUAACCUUUUCUGUUUUAACUAUGUGCCGUAGUUCAAAGGUAAACUGUGAAAAAUGAAAGAGCAUAUAGAUCACACCUGAACAGGUAUUUGAGAAAAGAUUCAAAGAAGACACACACACACACACACAACAAAGAAAUGGCUGUUUAGUUGCUCUGUCUGCGGCAGAAUAUGACAAUCUUAUUCGUUUAUUUGAAUCUGACGUCCUUUUCUUAGCCCGACUAACGCUCUCCCAGCAUUGGCCGGUCUGAUGGACCUCUUGUGAAAUGUUGUAGCGAUGCUGUGAGAGUCUUGGCCCGAAGGCUCGGAGAAGCGCCUCAGGCUACUGUAAAAUGCCUUGCUCGUAUGGUCAGCCCUUGGUCACUUGACUCAGUAAUUUUGCACCGUACUUCUGUAGGUAAGAAACUGUAAAUACAUUAAUGUUUGUAUUGUAUAUGGAUCCUGGGUUGUUACAAUAGCCUUAUUCACCUUUUUAGGAAAGUAAAUGGAGAAAAAAAGUACAGGUAAAUAGCUUAUGUAAAUAUUGACCAGAACCCAAUAAAAACAUUUUUUUAUAAACUCUUAAAGUAAGAUGUUUUGUAUAAAAUUUGAAUUUUUUGCUAUGUAUUUUAGCUAGCGCUCGAUGGAAAGCCAGUGUCCUCCCCACUCCCUCCCCUUUUGCACUGUUUCCAUGGUAAUUUGGUUUUUAAAAAAUGAGAGAAAAGUUGCCAAACCGACUGCUGCAUAUUUGUGCCAUAAGUGUGUACCAUAAAUAUUUAUUGAAUUAGUUUCUUUUUCUUUCUCUUUUGUUCCGUUUAUGAUUUAACUUCAGUCCAGUUUGUUAGUAACACAGUAUUAUAUUUGCAUUAUUUGUUGGUCUCCCCUGGUUUUCUUUAGUCACGUCAUGGUUCUCCUUUUCCUCGCAGUGGGAGGCGGCCACGUUGUGAAAAAAUGGUUUAAACAUUCAACAAUUUAAAACAAGUUCAACAUGAGGAUAAAUGACACACAUUCCACCAGUCUGUUACAAACUGAAAAUGCUUUUCAAUAAAAUGUUUUUCCUAUGGAC